CAACCAAUUAACCCACAAGGCAGCAAUUAAUCACCCAAUUUUCGGAGAUUAGAGAAGCUAACUUACCAAAAAAAACCUCAACAAGCAAUGCUGGAGCUAGCGGUUAUGGGAGGAGCGGCGGGAAAAUUGCAGGGGAGUCACGGAAUGGCUAGAAAUUGGAAGAACAACAAGAUUAGAGUGAACCCAACAGAAUCAAGGGAGGAAGACGCAGGGCAGAUUUGGAAUUUCUGGGUUGAGGGAGAGAGUUCUAGGCUUGAGACUUGGUUCUUGAGCAAGAAAGGAGGGAAAUUUCAAGAGGCCUUCAUCAGGUUUUUCAAGGGGAGAAAGUCGGUGGCUUGGGGGCUUUUUGGGAGGAAGGAUCGAGAAGAAGACAGAGCAGACCAGAUAGAAUAUCUUGGGCACUAUAUCUCUAAAGAGGGAGUUUCUACUGAUCCUAAGAAGAUCUUAGCUGUUCAGCAAUGGCCUCAACCGAAGACUGUUAAGGAAUUGAGGGGAUUUCUUGGUUUGACAGGAUAUUAUCGAAGGGAGGCUAGUGAAGCUUUUGAAUCCUUUAAGCAUGCUGUGACAACAACUCCAGUGUUGGUUUUGCCAGAUUUUUCCAAGGAGUUUGUAAUGGAGACCGAUGCUUCUAAUGUUGGAAUUGGUGUUGUUCUUUUACAACAAGGGCAUCCAAUAGCUUUUAUCAACAAGGCUUUGUCUUUAAGACAUCAAAGUUUAUCAGUUUAUGAAAAGGAGUUGUUAGCUCUAAUUUAUGCAAUUAGUUGUGGGAAUAAUGCUACUCUUAGGAGGAAGUUCAUUCAUUUGGUGCAUGACAGUGCAAUGGGAGGUCACUCUGGAAUUCAAGCUUCCACAAAAAGGCUUGUGCUUUUGUUUUAUUGGAAAGGCUUAGAGAAAGAUGUAAGGCAGUACAUAAGGCAGUGUGAUGUAUGUCAGCGUUACAAACCAGAAAAUACUCCAACUCCAGGGCUAUUGCAACCUCUACCAAUUCCUAAAGCAAUUUGGACUCAAGUCAGUAUGGAUUUCAUUACAAGCCUUCCAAAAUCUUAUGGCAAAGAUGUUAUCUUUGUUGUUGUUGAUAGACUUACAAAAUAUGCACAUUUCAUUGCCUUACAACAUCCUUAUUCAGCUCUUACUGUUGCCCAAGCUUACAUGGACAAUGUCUUUAAGUUGCAUGGAUUGCCUCAAGAUAUUGUAUCUGACAAGGAUCCCAUUUUUCUUAGUAAUUUUUGGCAAGAGUUGUUCAAACUCCAGGGGGUUGAACUACAAUGUUCUUCUGCUUAUCAUCCUCAAAUUGAUGGGCAAACAGAGGUGGUGAAUAGGUGUCUUGAAAAUUAUUUGAGGUGCAUGAUUGGUGAUCGUCCGACAAAAUGGAGCAAGUGGUUACCUCUUGCUGAGUGGUGGUAUAACACUAAUUUUCAUACUACUACCCAAAUUUCUCCAUUUGAGGCUUUGUAUGGAUUUCCACCACCAUUGCAUAUAGUUUAUGUACCUGGAGAUUCAGAUGUUGCAACUGGUGAUCAAAGUUUGCAAGCUUGGGAAGCUAUGUUGAAGGUGAUUGAUAAAGUGGGUAAGGUAGCAUAUAAAUUAGCCUUGCCUGAUUCAUCUCAGAUACAUCCAGUAAUUCAUGUGUCACAGCUAAAGAAAAAGGUUGGAGCAGAAAUUUAGGUGACUAGUCAAUUUCUUGUGGAUUUGCCCUUACCAGUGAUGCUAGAGCCUGUAGCUAUUUUGGGAAGAAAAAUGGUGAAGCAAGGAAAUCGAACUGCUACUAAAGUGUUAGUCUAGUGCUCUCACGCUUACCCUGAAGAUGCUACUUGGGAAUAUCUCUACGAUAUUCAACAACGAUUUCCAAAUUGCCAUCCUUGAGGACAAGGAUGUUUUUGAGGAGAAAGAAUUGAUAUGUAGAAAAACUUAGAAGUCAUGUGCAUGUGGCUUAGGCGGGUGGCAUAUCAGUUACUGUUGGUUUGUGCCAGUUAAUAUGCUAGUAUAAAUGUGUUUUGUAAUUCUUUGUUGAUGUUCAGUUAUUUGGUGUUCUUCAAUCUUCUUAAACUCCUCUGUAAUUCUCUCGCAUUCCAGACUAUAUUGCAAAGGAUAUAUAUCGAAGAUCCUUUCUCUUUUGUGGAUUUUCCUUGUAUUCCUUUAAAUUCUGUUUACUGGUAUCAGAACGUCAAUUAAAGUUCCUUCGAACC